AUGCACCAUCUGUGGAUCAAAUGGAUAGCAAUCAAGGUGUGGCUCUUUAUGGCUGAUGGAGGAAGCAGCUUGCCAACAGAAGCACCACUAUUUCAGAACAAACCUUUUGUAGUUCUCUGGAAUGCACCAACUGAACAAUGCCGUCUGCGCUACAAUGUGGAUUUACAUCUUGAUGUUUUUGACAUCAUAUCAAAUGCCAAUGAGACUCUGAGUGGGUCCAGUGUGACAAUAUUUUACCAUACUCAGUUGGGGUACUAUCCCUAUUUUUUGGAUGAUGGGGACCCCAUCAAUGGAGGGGUACCACAGAAUGAGAAUCUUACAAAGCACCUCACCAAAACCAAGGCUGAUAUUAACAAAUUCAUACCUAUGAGGAAGUUCCGUGGACUUGCAGUCAUUGACUGGGAAAACUGGAGGCCCCAGUGGGACAGAAAUUGGGGUAAUAAAAACAUUUACCGAAAGAAGUCUCUUGAACUUGUCAGACAGCGCUAUCCACAGUGGUCAGAGGACAAAAUCAAAAGAAUGGCUAAGGAUGAAUUUGAAAAAGCUGGGAAAAAAUUUAUGAAUGACACGCUCCUUCUGGCUGAACUUAUGAGACAAAAUGGACUGUGGGGUUACUAUCUAUACCCAGACUGUUAUAAUUAUAAUUACAAGGUUAACCCAGCUGCAUACACAGGCGAAUGUCCACCUAUUGAAACAUCCCGUAAUGAUCAGCUACUUUGGUUGUGGAAGGAAAGUACUGCCCUGUAUCCUUCCAUAUACCUGGAAUCCCUACUGAAAUCAAGUCCAAAUGCUUUGAAAUUUGUGCGCUAUCGGGUUAAAGAAGCAUUACGUAUUGCAGCAAUUGGUAGAAAGGACUACGCCUUACCCGUUUUUGUUUACUCUAGGCCAUUUUAUGCCUAUACGUUUGAUGUUUUGACAGAGGAAGACUUGGUGCAUACUAUUGGUGAGAGCGCUGCACAGGGGGCAGCAGGAGUUAUCCUUUGGGGAAGUAUCAAGUAUGCCAGCUCCAGAGAGAGCUGUAUAGCUGUGAAAAAUUAUAUAGAUGGCACUUUGGGACAUUACAUCCUUAAUGUGACCUCUGCAGCCAAGCUCUGCAGUAAAGUCCUCUGUAAGAAGAAUGGGAGAUGCAUUCGUAAAGACGACACAAUGGAUGCCUAUCUGCACUUGCCUUCUGGCAGUUUUAAGAUGAACCUCGAAGUCUCUAGCGGAGGGGAAGAAAUGCAUGUAACUGGGACAUUGACAGAGGAGGAUACAAAUAACCUGAGACAGAAAUUCAGGUGCCAGUGUUACAAGGGCUGGGCAGGUGAUUUUUGUGAGCUGCCAGUUUUCCUAAUAAGGGGCAAAUAUUUUGUUGAAAAAAGCAAAUCAGAUCUAUUCCCAUAUUCAAAAUCUUACUACCAAAAUCUUGUUUAG